AUGGCGCCCAAGCAGGCGACUCUCGGGUAUGUCAAAACUCAGCAGACUCUUGGGUGCGGCUCUCUGCACCCCAUGACCCGAGAAGUCGUUGAACAACUCGUACUAAUUUUCUCCAAAGCAAAUUCUUUGGCAAUCCAGGCGGUCCCAAAGCCCAAGCCCAGCAGUCGAAGCUGAAGUUCUCGUCUAAGGCAGAUAAGCAGGAGACUCAAGGGAAUGAUGAAGCCGCUGCGUCACCAGGAGCGCCGAAGUCCCCGGAUGCCAAUGGCAUGAACGGAAAUUUCAAGAACGAGGACGUUAAGAUGAAGGACGUUGGCUCUGUGAAACAAGAGGAGGACGGCGAUGGCACCGAAAAGAAACCCACGAUUAAGGAUGAGCUUUCGCCAGGAUCGUCGAAGAAGCGACCUGCUUCCAAAGAGCGGGAGAGUGAAGACGAAGAUGAAGAUGAGCCACCAACGAAGAAACAAAGACAGGAGGGUGUGACUACUGGUAACGCGAAGAAAGGCAUGGCAAAGAAGACUCCAGCGAAAAAGGGGAAGACUGAACCCAAUGACAUUAAGAACGAGGAUGUCGGUGAAAACGACAUGCCAUCUACGAAGGCCAAGUCCCCCACGCCUUCGAAGGCUGCGACCAAGAAAGCAGCAAAGGGAAAGAAGAAGACGGUCGUUGACGAGGAGGAUGAAGAGGAAGCACCCGUCAAGAAACCUACCCCAAAGGCUAAGACACGCACCAAGGACGUGAAAACUGACCCUGCGGGAGAUGACAACCCGCACCACAGCAGUGGCAAACAGGAUACAGAUGACUCCGAAGCUGAAGAGGAGGAAUCAGAAGGUGAAGAAGUCAAGCCUGAAGUUGCAGCCGAGGUACGUGCAAAGGUGCAGACAAAAUUGAAGGCAUCAGGCAAAGAUCCUCACCCCGACUGGAAAGCUGGCAACCCAGUGCCCUACGCAGCGCUGUGCACGACUUUCUCCAAAAUUGAGAUGACAACGAAGCGACUUGAAAUCCUGGCACACUGCUCGCUCUUCCUGCGACAGGUGCUACGGCUCACACCUGAAGAUCUUCAGCCGACUGUGCUCCUGAUGAUUGGCAAACUUGCUGCGGAUUAUGCUGGCAUUGAGCUCGGGAUUGGCGAGUCGCUCAUCAUGAAGGCUAUCGGCGAGACCACAGGCCGUAACUUGAAGAUCAUCAAAGAAGAUCAGCAGAAGAUUGGAGACCUUGGGCUGGUCGCGGCAAAGAGCAGAUCCAACCAGCCUACGAUGUUCAAGCCGAAACGAUUGACUGUGCGCGGAGUGCACGAAGGCUUGAUGAAGAUCGCCACCGUGGAAGGGCAAGGGGCGCAGCAACGCAAGGUCGAUGGCAUCAAGAAACUUCUUGCAGCGGCCGAUGUCAACUUGCCAAAGGGAGAGUCUGUCGACAUCACCAAGGACAAAGGUGGCCCGAGCGAAUCCAAAUUCAUUAUCCGCGCUCUAGAAGGCAAAAUGAGAUUAGGGCUGGCUGACAAGAACUUGCAAGUCGCCCUUGCUCAUGCCAUGGUUGCACAUUCAGUGGGCAAAGAUGGCAAAGGCACACCAACCGAAGAGCAGCUCAAGAAGGGCGAGGAGACCUUCAAAGCUGUCUACAACGAACUGCCAGCAUACGAAGUUAUUGUGCCGGCCCUUUUGGAGCAUGGCAUCUGGAAGCUCCGCGAGGCGUUGAAGCUGAAGCCUGGCGUCCCACUGAAGCCUAUGCUUGCGAAACCCACCAAAUCCAUUGGCGAGGUACUGGAUCGCUUCGAAGGCAAGGACUUUACGUGUGAAUACAAGUACGACGGCGAACGUGCACAAAUCCAUUACGUGGCUCAUGAUGCUGAAGAGGAUUUCGCCGCAACAGUUGCCCCUGCUGCUGGGAAGACAGACCGUGGCAUCUCCAACAUAUUCUCCCGGAACAGCGAGGACCUCAGUAAAAAGUACCCAGACAUCUUGCAGAAGCUGCCUAGCUGGGUCAAGAAGGGCACGAAGAGUUUCGUGCUUGAUUGUGAGACUGUCGCCUGGGAUGUAGAGAAGAAACAUGUACUCCCAUUUCAGCAGCUCAUGACGCGCAAGAAGAAAGACGUCAAAGCAGAGGACAUCAAAGUCAAGGUCUGCGUGUUCGCAUUCGACAUUCUCUACCUCAACGGCGAAGCUCUCGUGAACAAGUCAUUCCGAGAGCGGCGAGAUGCCAUGUAUGAUGCAUUCCAGGAGGUGGAGGGCGAAUUCGCCUUUGCUCAAUACGGAAACUCAAGGGAGAUUGAGGAGAUUCAGACCUUGCUGGAUGACUCGAUCAAAGCCUCAUGCGAAGGUCUGAUGGUCAAGAUGCUGGAUGGCGUCGAGUCUCACUAUGAGCCUUCGCGACGAUCUCAAAACUGGCUCAAGGUCAAGAAGGACUACCUCGCUGGAGCUGGAGACUCGCUCGACCUUGUGGUUUUAGGCGCCUACUACGGAAAAGGCAAACGCACGAACUGGUACGGUGCCUUCCAGCUCGCGUGCUACAACUCGAGUUCAGAACAGUACGAGACAGUCUGCAACAUUGGUACUGGAUUCUCAGAGGCACUGCUGGCAGAGCUGCACGAGACGCUGUCGCCGCUGGCAAUCGAUCGGCCGAAGCCUUUCUACGAUCAUUCCCAAGGCAAAAACGACCAGCCAGAUGUGUGGUUCGAGCCAAAGUACGUGUGGGAGGUCAAGACGGCGGAUCUAACCCUGAGUCCUCGUUAUCGGGCUGCGGCGUCCGAGUUUGGCAGCGAUGGCGCACACAAGGGCGUCAGUCUGCGUUUCCCUCGCUUCAUCCGUAUCCGUGACGACAAGAAGCCGGAGGACGCCACGAGCAGCAGACAAGUGGCGGAGAUGUACCGCAAGCAGGAGUCAGUGGGCAAGGACAAGAAGCCUGCUGUGGACGACGAUUUUGAGUACUGA